AUGGCCUUCGCGCGGAUCUGCUCCCAUUUCCCGUACGCCAUCCACGAGAUGUGCCCCGAGGAGAAGACGCACAUCAUUGAGAGGAGCCUUGCACUCGCCGACCAGAUUCUCAGCGAUUUAUGCGCAACUACCGGAGGGAUUAUUGGAGAUUUAUGCGACGAUGAGCUGAGAUUGACGGAAUUGACCACACCGAUUCAUGUAGCCCAGCAAAUCCAGAUGCAAGUCCUCAACAGCCAACAGCAGGGUAAAAAGGCCCAAAAGUUGGUCCAAGAUUUUCCACUAGCGGGUGCGGAGAGUAAGCGACGAGAUAGAUGCCAACUGUCGAUCCAGGACAAGCGGCAGACCAUUUUGGUCGAACUCGCCUCCGCCUUCACGGCCGUCCGAAACUUCACUGUUGCUGAGCACAUCUUCAGCCCGACCGAAUACCUCUUCCAGCAGCUGGAGACCAAGUUUGCGGAGAUGAUCAUUAACGCUGCCACCCAAACCCCGACCCUCCCAAGAAGACCCUCUGAGUUACUGUCGAUUCUGGACUGCUACAUGACGGUGCUGAGCAAUGUGGAUACGCUAGUGGCGUUCGACGUGCAGACGCUGAUGCGCAACGUGUUGCUCCAACAAACGCAGCCGCUGGAUAGUAAAAAUCGGAAAACUGUCACUUCAAUCUACACAAAAUGGUACCUGGAAGUCGUCCUCCACCGUGCCGCUACUGGAAACCUUGUCUGGAGCGACCACCUGAAGGCGAUGAUCAGCGGCGGGGAGCAGAGCGAAUUCGCCCCCGAGCAGUACACCGAUCCAGCCGAAAUGCAAGCCCUCUGCCAACUCCUCUCGCCCUACGGUAUCAAGCACUUGACCGAGCGUCUCGUUUGGCACGUCGCCAGCCAAAUCGGCGAGCUCGAAAAGUUGAUCUGCGCCGAGCCGAAGAUUCAAGAAGGCCUCUACCAACUUGUUAUUCAAAACAAGGACCCUCGACACUUUGACAAGACGGAAUUGAUCCGAGAAGUUGCUCACGAAUUGGCAAUUGAGCCGAAGGAGAAGAAGGGUCAGUCUUCUACAACCACUGCCGCGGAUGCGAUUCUUCAGCGAACGUCGAUUAUUGGGCAGAUUUUCUCUUUCCGGGAUGCGCUACACGAUGCGUUGAAGGAAGUCCUCGCUCGUCCUCUCACCCUCAUCCUCCGCUGCUACCGCUUCAUGGACGCGGGCCUACCUGAUGAAGUCCGGGCCGGGCUCUCUGAACUUGGCGAAGCCCUCGGCGAGAAGACGGUUGUGGAUAUGGCGCUUGUCAACGCAUUAAGGGCACAGUCCACCUUCCCACCCGACGAGCAUUACACGGUAUCUCGGCUUUUGAUGGCGGCAAUCGCCAUUGCUUUGCCGAGGAUUGCCGAGAAUCCGUUGAGCAUCUACAAGCCUAGCAUAAGGGCGGCGCUGAACAACUCGCAUUGUAUCCCGUUGGCCAUUGUAACGAUCGGGCCGGCGUUGUUCUUCUUGCAUGGCAGAGGGGACAUUGAAGUGCGGAUGAUGGAGUUUUUGGCGCUAGCCACCGCUUCAUCCCUCCGACUUGCUGAGGAUGAAGAAGCUAAAAGACCCCCAGAGCCUAUCGUCAAUCCACUCGAUCUAACGGACGAUGAUGAGGAGGACCAGGCGAGGAGCAGAAAAGAACGAGCACGAGGGUUGGAGCGCGAUCCGAUCGCGUAUUUGUCAAUUUUGUUGGAUAAGGUAGUCGUCGGGAGUUCCUCACUCCACUACAAGGCCUUCGACCAUCUCUACCCAUACGCCAUGUCAAGAAAUGCAUACCUAGACGCUUAUGAGAAGGAGUUGAGCCAUAUCGAGGGU